AUGAGUGAUAACCUAGACUUGUCAGAAGUGGAAAGAUUUGACAGAACAAGACUGAAGAAAACUAAUACUGAAGAAAAAAAUACUCUCCCACCAAAGGAAACAAUCCAGCAAGAGAAGGAGUUUGUGAAAAGAUCAUGAAAUGAGGAUCUCUUUGGAAAAAUAAACUCCAACAUUGCCUAACAGUGUUGGUUUGGGGCUUGCUUUUUGGAAUCCUAUGUGUUUCUAGAGAUUUAUGACAAUUGCUGAUGGUUUCUCACCUAUACCUGACAGUUAAGUGUUAAUCAGUACCCAGUUAAACGGUAAUCAGGACUAGGCAUUCCCUUUGUUUUUAAACUUCCUCAUUGAUGAAUAAAUUGCAGAUGGCAAAUGCUGACAGUAAUCUCACCACUAAUACCCAUGGUGCUUUGUAGUCCUUGUGCUCUGUAGAGUGAAAGCCAGUUUUAACCUAGGAUGGAUGACUCCAUUGCUUUUUCAUUAUU